CUCAACUUCAUCCAUCCAUGGCGGCUUCUUCUUCUUCGACCACUUUGUUUCUGGUUUUCUCUUCUUUCUUGAUCUUCGCUUCGCUUUGUUACGUAUCGGAGGCCGAUUACUCGGCACCCAUUAAGAAAGGAUUAUCAUGGGAUUUUCACCAUAAGAGUUGUCCAAAGGUCGAAAAAAUUGUGCGUAAACAUCUCAAGAAAGUGUUCAAGGAGGAUAUCGGUCAAGCCGCUGGCUUGCUUCGGCUUCAUUUCCACGAUUGCUUCGUUCAGGGGUGUGACGGUUCGGUAUUGCUAGAUGGAUCACACGGUGGACCAAGCGAGCAAACUGCACCUCCAAACCAAAGUCUAAGAAAACAGGCAUUCAACAUCAUCGAAGAUCUUAGAGGUCUAGUCCAUAGAGAAUGCGGGAGAGUCGUGUCUUGUGCUGAUAUUGUAGCGCUCGCGGCUCGUGAUGCAGUUCAUCUGUCAGGUGGCCCCGACUACGAUGUUCCAUUGGGUAGAAAAGAUGGACUUACGUUUGCCACUCAAAACGCAACCCUAGACAACCUUCCUGCACCAACAAGUAAUGCCACCACCAUCCUCUCGGCCCUCGCGGCUAAAGACCUCACCGCCACAGACGUGGUGGCCUUAUCUGGUGGCCACACCAUCGGCAUUAGUCACUGCUCAUCCUUCACCUCUCGUCUUUACCCUACCCAAGACCCCACCAUGGAGAAAAUCUUUGCUCAUGGACUCAAAGAGGUUUGUCCCACCAACACCACCGAUGCCACCACCGUCAUGGACAUUUAUUCACCGAUCAAGUUCGAUAACAAGUAUUAUGUCGAUCUAAUGAAUCGACAAGGGCUUUUUACAUCUGAUCAAGAUUUGUACACUCACAAAGAGACUAAACCGAUUGUGGAAAGUUUUGCACAUGAUGAGAAGUUGUUCUUUGAGAAGUUCGUGCAGGCCAUGAUCAAAAUGGGACAACUGGAAGUGUUGACGGGAGGAAAAGGCGAAAUUCGUGCACAUUGUUCGAUCAGGAAUCCUGAUAAUAAAGGGUAUUUCUCGUAUUUGGCUGAAGAAGAAGAUCAGUACGAUCUUGAGACAAGGGCAGAACUACGUUGAUGCACAAUGUCGAUAUUGACAUGAAUAACGUGAUCAUUUGGGUUACUAGCUUAUCAUGAUGUACAUUUUUGAAUUCCAUAAGGGUUUUAUAUUGUAUGUUCUUUAUUAUUGUUUUACGUGAUUGUGUAAAAUGUUUUGUUUGAAAUAAUAUAAUAACGAUAAAAAUCAA